CGCUGUCUUGACUAGUGGGGGAAAAGGAGAAGAAAGGGAUUUCAAAAGAGCGAGAGAAAGCAUUGUGAAAGCCGCCAAUUGCAAGUAACUGGGAUCGCGGCGGGAGACAGCCAACCAAGCAGCCCGCGCGAGGGGAAAACACGAAGCGUCAGUAGAGCUCGAGGCGGCCAACAGCCAAUACACGCGCAGGGGAGGCGUGUCCGCGCGCUGCUCCAGCGCCUCCCCGCAUGGGCUGUCGCGCUCGCGCUCUAAAAAGCUCUCUCAGCUCCGGAGCGCGCGUCAGUUUUCGGAGUCGGAGCCAUGGCGACGACAGCUCAGUAUAUCCCACGGAAUAAUUCGUUGCCUUCCAACCCUCUCAUGCACCCGGACUCGGACCGGAUGCACCAGGGCACGACCUAUCGAGAAGUGCAGAAGAUGAUGCACCACGAGUAUCUACAGGGGCUUGCGGCGUCCAACGCGGGCCACCCGAUGAGCCUGACGCACCACCAGUGGCUGCCCACAUCCGGCGCUGACUGGAGCAGCGGGACGCACCUCGGCCAGCAGCCUGAGCACAAGGCCAGCGUGCCUGCUAGCCGAGAAGAGCUGACCAGUGGGUACCACAGGUCGCAUUUGGUGCACCAAGCUGCACAGAACGGCCACCACGGCUCGUGGGCGCCGAGCAGUACCACGCAUCACCUGUCUCCGCUGUCGCCCGCUUCCGGGGGCCACCAGUCACUGGUCUACUCUCAGACGGGCUAUGCUAUGUUGAGCCCGCAACCAUCGCUGCAUCAUGGCAUGCGCGAGCCGCUGCACGAUGAUGCCGGCGGUCAUGAACAUCAGCUCGAGUCGCCGCAGCAGCCGUUCGGCCACCACCAGGACCACUCAGACGAGGACGCGCCCAGCUCCGACGACCUUGAACAGUUCGCCAAGCAGUUUAAGCAGCGGCGCAUCAAACUUGGCUUCACGCAAGCGGACGUGGGGCUGGCGCUCGGCACGCUCUACGGCAACGUGUUCUCUCAGACCACAAUUUGCAGGUUCGAGGCACUGCAGCUUAGUUUCAAGAACAUGUGCAAACUUAAGCCGCUCCUCAACAAAUGGCUAGAGGAGACAGACUCGAACACGGGAAGCCCGACAAACUUGGACAAGAUCGCGGCACAGGGCCGCAAGCGCAAGAAGAGGACCUCGAUCGAGGUCGGGGUGAAAGGGGCGCUGGAGAACCACUUCCUGAAGUGCCCAAAGCCCUCGGCGCACGAGAUCAGCACGUUGGCCGGCACGCUGCAGCUGGAGAAAGAGGUCGUGCGCGUGUGGUUUUGCAACAGAAGACAGAAAGAGAAAAGAAUGACCCCGGUGGGGGUCGCGCAUCCAAGCAUGGAGGACGUUUACUCACAGGCGGAGACCCCUCCGCUUCACCACACGCUACAAAGUCCCGUCCAGUGACUGUACUCCUGAGUAAAAGCUCUUAUUUCAACAGAAACAAAAAAGAACAUCGAUAGAGAAAAGGGGACUAGGGAUUUCACAGUAUUUAAUAUUUUGCAUUUGUUAUCCAGAGUGACAAUGCACGCAGCAAAGUUGGGUGAAAAAGAGUUUCUCGCCGCAGACCGGAGACUGUGGCGCAACAACAGUAGAUGGGACGCAAAUGAUAAGGGGAACAAAACGCAUGAAUGACUGCAGAGUCGAAUUGAUGUGCAUUUUAGAGAAAACCGUUUUCACUAAAAACGUAUUGAUUUGAAGGCGUUCUGGUGGAGAAAAUAAUAAUUCGAUUAUUUCAGCGCUGCUCAAAAGGAGCCAUAUGCCACAAAAGAGAUGUUUUUUUCUCAUUGCUGUCGCAGGCUUUAAUCUGAGGUGAUGGUGAUGGUGGUGGUUGUCUGAUCUGUUGUCAACAAAGGACACGUUUUCUACAUUCUAACAAUUAACAGAUUCACUGUUACCGUAUAGUUGUCAGAACAUUUUGUGAUGUUUACUUUAUUCGGGAUGUUUUAACCUUUUACGUUUCAAUGUUGUAUUUGUUUUCCUCUCUGACCAUUUUGGCCUUUUGUGCAUUUUUCGAGUAACCACAACCCAUUUUGAGAAAGCCACUGAGCCAUAAUUUGGAGAUGUAUCUUGUUUACAAAUGUCCGUUAUAUGAGCAGAUACCUGAUUUCUUCUAAACUAUAAAAAAAAUAUGGUACUGUCAAUAAGCCUACAUUGUUUAAAAACAAACCAAAUUGUCAUUUUUGCGUUUCACUUUUUUUCCACUCUUUUGUUAUAAGCACUUAUUCUUGCGUUCUCAUGCUCGCAAUUAUUUAUUAUUUUCAUGAUAACUAAACGAGACGUUUUCUUGUUUACAUUAUCCGUAACUCAACCAGAGUUAUAAGAAUCGACAGUGUUUUUUUCCGGCACAUGCUAAACCAGUUUUGGAAACUGAAAGGGCGAAAAUGGAAAUAAAAGUAGUAUCUCAGGUAAAUUUCAGCGCCCGUCUAUUCUGCUGUAAUCCUUUCCUUAUGUCUUAUUACCAUCGGCCCAGUCUGGUCGUGCGCUCUGCUGUGCCCAAGUCCGUACUGGUGUACUAACUAGUAUGUUAAAAUAGUAUACAACUAUUUGGACGUACUAUUUAGAACUCUAGAUUUUGGACAUAUCUGUGGUCGUUCGGAUUUAUUCCCUACCGCUCUGUUAACGAAUAGAGGAAGACUGAUUGUGCUUAUGAAAUUAUCCGAUGUGGGAUUAUUUAUUGUUUUCUGAAAGCAGGACAUAAAAAAAGGGAUCCUGAAUAAGUCGUGCGUUUCGUGUCGUUUCUCAAGGCAUCUGUGAGUGAGCAGUUUGGAGCAGGUGUUCAUUUUAUUAUUAUUAUUAUUAUUAUUAUUAUUAUUAUUAUUAUUAUUAUUAUUAUUACUUUAUGAAGUUUUUUUUUUUUGCAAUUCUGUUAUUUCAAAUCGUGUGGGAUAUACAACUUUUCCAAAAAACAACAAACAAAAAAAAAGAAAAGAUUUUAAAUAAAUAGCUGUCAUUAUUAUUUCCAAUAUGUAAAUAUGUCCAAUAUGUAAACAUAUGUAUUUGUUCUGAGUUUGUUUUGGAUUUUUUUUUGUUCUUUUUUGUUCUUUCCGGGCAGUUUUGUACACUUACUAAUUCCAAGAAGAUAUUUUAAUAUUUCGUUUAUGGAUUUGACCAUUUAUAUAUCUAUAUAUUUAUUUCUUAAAGUUGUUCGGAGCUUUCUGUUUGGCUCUGUUAAUUAUGUUGCAGUGAAUUACAAAUGUUUUUGUUUACUACAUUGGUUGUAUGUUGAUUGCGAAAUGUAGACUGCAAAGUCACGUUUAUAUUUAUGUUAUAGUAAUAUUUUAUUACUUACAUAAAACGUAUAUUCGAGAACUUGGCUUCUGUCUUUUUUAAGAUGAAAUUUCCACAUUCUCCACCACGGAUCUCAUGUUUAGGUUAAUGCAUAAAGAAUAAUAAAACAAAUAAAAUAGGGUCUAAUAGAUAACACAUCGUUUAGCUUCAUUAUCAUCACCACCGUUUCUCCACCUCCUCUAUGCUGCUCCCUUUAUUCGUUCAAGUGUGUUUUGUCAAAAUCAGGAAAUAAAUAAAUUAUAAGCAUAUUUGAUCAAAUUUGUAAAUAAAAAAAUAGGUCCAACAUCCACUGUUUGUUUUGGCUCUUAUAACACAGACAGAUUAAAGUUAACACCACAGCUUGUUAAUGGAACUGAUACUUACUGGUGUUUUCUGAUGGGAAACACUUCUGUAUUUAAAUGGAUAAUAUGAAAACACGUAAAAAUCAACACAACUCGAUUUCAUCAAUGUGAACACCAAAAUUCUGAAGCGAGGUUAUUCGAAUAUACACGGAUUCAUAUAAUAUGGUCGACAAUUCAUUUGCAGAGCACAAAAUCAUAGAUGAACUUAAAUAUCACUCCUCCUAACAUCAUCUUCUAAUCUUCA